AUGACUUCUCCCAAGUCCUGGGUUGUUACUAGUGGUAUUAACGAUCGUGAUCAAUUAGUAUGCUUGUCUAGAGUUGCCGAGCAGGCUGAACGCUUUGAUGAUAUGGCAGCAGCAAUGAAGGUCGUUACCGAACUUGGUCUUGACCUUAACAACGAAGAACGCAAUCUCCUUUCUGUUGCCUACAAAAACGUCGUUGGUGCCCGUCGUUCCUCUUGGCGAUCACUCCUGGAUUCUUACUUGAUUAAAAAUGCUGGUAGUCCAGAGGGAGUUGUCUUCUACCUCAAAAUGAAAGGCGAUUAUUAUCGCUAUUUAGCUGAGGUACUUGUUGGAACAAAGCGUGAUCAAGUGGUGCAGAGUUCCCAAGACGCCUAUGAAAGUGCAACAGAAAAGGCAAUUAAAGAAAUGCCAUCAACACAUCCGAUCCGCCUUGGUCUAGCACUUAAUUACUCUGUCUUCCACUAUGAGAUAAAAAAUGACCCGGACAAGGCCUGCAGUCUCGCAAAAAAGGCUUUUGACGAUGCCAUUGCUGACAUAGAUACAUUGCGUGAGGACUCCUACAAAGAUAGUACUCUUAUUAUGCAACUGCUUAGGGAUAAUUUAACGUCUUCAUUUAGUUCCGCGGUCCUUCGUGCUACUUAUUUCGCAACUUUAUGUUGGGUUUUCUCAGUGCUGCGUAACUUAAUAUUUUACGUUUUGCUAUUAAGUACUUCAGGUGUCGGUAUUAUCUUGAUGGGAUUUCCACUUUGGUUGUAUCUUUCCGCCUCUUCCGUCAGGUUCGUUCUAAAUGCGCCCUUUGUGAUUCCCUUGUCUGCUAUGGCCGUGAUUGAUGUUCUAGUUAUUACUUUUAUCAUAAUCUUGAUGGCCUGUCCGACAUUUUUGUCUUCGUUACUUCUGGCACAGCACGUUCGUUGCUAUUCGCUCCCCCAGGCGCUAUAUGUGCCUCAUUCUGCUAGUGGAUUUAAUAAACCAAUUGGCAUUAAGGUUAAAUCAUUCUUCCUAUCGACGCUGGUCUCGCCGGAACCCUGGAAGCGCUGUUUGAGUCAGUCAUUUUGCCAUUCCCUGGCGCCCCACCGCGACGAAUCUGUCACUGCUGCCUGCCUCCAUGAAGGACAUGAUAUAUGGCCAGCAUCGAACUAUCAAGGCUUUUUUUCGAAGCUCAGCCCCAUUUUUAAUUAA